CAGACCGCCACACGAGACGAGAGCGCCAGUUGGUGGAAAGCGUGCGAGAAGGGAGGUCGUGAUAGUAGGUGUGGCUGCGUUCUCAAAGCUUUCUGGUCACCGUUUCGGGUUUUGCUGGUCGCCACCAUGCCACUCCUCAGCAACUGUUGCUUCUUCUUCGACCUGAAGGUCGGAACGAAGAUCAUCGGGGUCAUCAAACUGAUUGGCGCCAUCAUGACCAGCCUAACGCUCGCCGUCAUGCUCGUUUUCCUACUGUUCGUGGACUCGAGCGUCGACCUGGCCAGCAGCAUACACGAGGUGCACCGCAACAGCUUAAAGGACGAUGACUACGCGGACGUCGGUGACCAGCCCAAGCAAAUCUUCGAUCUUGUCAAGGAACACCUCUCUUAUGUGAAGAUCGCUUUCUGCAUCGUGCUGACGCUGGGUCUUCUGAGUGUGAUAACGUCUUCGAUGCUGAUCCAUGGCGUGAGGCGGGAUCGCCGCGGCCUGCUGCUUCCCUUCAUCACCCAGGAGGUGCUGAACAUUGUCAUCUUCAUCGCGUUGGACAUCUCCGUGGCGGUGAUCUUCGGAGUGCCUGAUGUCCUGAUUGGCUUGGUGCUGGGUGUCGCGGGAGGCUGCAUCAUCGAACUCUACUUUCUCCUGGUCGUCAUAUCCCAGUACCAGGCGCUCGGGGUCCUCCGCAUGCACGAGGAGAUAAGCAUGAAGUGAGGAGGAGGAGGUGAUUGCUGAGUCUUUUGGUGGGAUAGUGUGACUUGGCAGAUUGAUGUACUUGGUGGACAGGAGACGUCGCCGUUAGGUUGUAGGGUCUGUUUGCCGAUUUCUUUGCAUCAUUUCAAUCUGUACUCAUCAGGAAACAUAGAACAAACAUAAAACAACUGAAUAAGAAAAAAAAUCAAGGAAACGUUACAUAAGUUGAUAGACUGGGAGGUUAGGGGAGUUUUAGGCUUACAGAAACUCCUUUGUGUAGGCCCAUGGGCUUUUUUCAGACUCCUUUUGUUCUAAGUCGAGAUAUAUAACUACUUCCACCUUCCUAUGACUUGAACUCCUCAAGACACCUCUCGAACCUUUUUUGAAUAUUGUUUUGAAAUUCUUGAUUACUCUUUCUUUUGAGGAGUAGAUUUGUGGGCUUUUUCUUUUUUCACAUUCCAUGCUUCCUCAAAUGUAGAAAAAAUGUUUGGUACUCUUUUUUUUAACUUUAUCUUGAUAUUUUUUUGUGAUGAGUAUUACCAUUUGGAAGGGUGAGUACAAAUUGGCAAACAGAUCCUAGUUGUAGGUCACUGUCUCAGAGAUUUUUGUACUAAUUUAAUUUAUAUCCUGUCUGCUCGGCGCAAGGGGUAGGUCACGGAUGUUGGAAAGGAAAGUUAUUUCCUAGCCUGUUUAAAGGUGGGUUGAUCAGUCUAUACGCAGCAUUCCGUUUAGUACUCGUCAGGUGAAGUACAAAAAAACAUGUGGAAAUCUGAGCUGAGGUAUUUUGACAAAUUAGUUUUUAUACCUUUGCCCAGUGGGGGAUUUUUAAUCAACUCCCCUCACUCUUAGCUCCUCCACAAUAUCCCCUCCUAACCACCCCUUAAUUCCACCCCAGUCUAUCCCGUCUCCCCACCUCAAUCCCCUUUACACUUAUCUCUUCCCAAGCACCUCUUAUUCCCUUCCCCAUCAUGUCGUCCAGGUGCCGGGAACAUUAAACCUGUUUCUGUGUAGAGGGCAGCGCUUAAUAUAUCCAUUCUUCUGCCUGGAUUUUAAGGUGCUACCUCCACCCUGAGGGACCAAUUAGCACAGUGCUGCCCUCUAUACAAGCUGCUCUAAAAGUCCCCAUAAUUUCACUGAGUAAUUUUGUGCCUGAUAUGAUGAGUGCUAAAAGGAGCAGUGUGCGUACGAGUUAGCGCCUGAACCCUCUGUGUCGUGUAUUUGCAUUUUCAUUCUGUACGGCAUCUGCUGCAUUUCGGUGUAAUGUAAAAUUAAUCUCGCUGGGAAUGUCUAUAGUAGUUUAUUGACGUGUCUGAAUAUUAUGUAUGUAUAUAUAUUUUCCAAACUAAGAGGAUGGGGGAGGAAAAACUCAAAUUUAAAAACUGCAGAAAAAAAAAAUACAAACUUCCCCUUUUGCAGAGUUUUUUGAGGUUUAUCUGAUUGUUAACAGCUUCACAGUUUUUACAAUACAUACAUUUUAUAAUUAUAUUUUUCUCUAUAGGACGAGAUAUUAUAAUGAUCUGAUUAGUAUGUAGCCUUUAUAGUAGUGCAAAGGUUCGAUUUAAUUAAUAAUGGUCCUUCAUUUAGAACAUUUACAUUCACCGGAGUUGUAAGUGUGUGUGUGUGUGUGUAAGAUUUGAUGGUUCUGUGUUAUUAAAUAGAUGCAUUCACUCAAGUUAUGUAUGUGUGUGUGUGUUUGUGUGUGUGUGUGUGUGUGUCAGGGAUCUAAGGGGCUGCUGUGGGGCCUGACAUUUCGCCUUAAGGUCACCCCCCACCCCCCAUACCCACCACAAAGAGUCAAACAGUUGCAUUUCCACCUCAGUGUCUUGGUAAGGUACUUUGUCCACCACUCCCAUUAACACGUGGUCAGGGGGGAAAAAAAGGACCCUGGAAAAUAUAUGAACUUGAGUUAUACAAAUGAAAUACUCAAAAUAACAGAAUGGUUGUCAAUGUUUCUUUUGACAGUAUUUAAAUUUAUGCACCUCGGCUGGUUAUUUGUAUACAGUAAACAGCUCAUGGCCAAAAAUAAAUAGAUAAAUAAAUAGAUAAAUAGAUAAGCAAAACAAAAAAGUCCACUGAUUACUUAUAUGAAAAAUAAAGAAGAAAUGAGUGUCUCAAAGAUAAGAUAGAUCAAUUUCGGAUAGAGAUAAGGAGGAAGAGGAGCAAUUCUUUCCCCUUAUCAUGCGUGCUAAUUGGAGUGGUGCGUACUGAUUAGCAAACCCACCAUUUAUACCUUAGGUCGCCGUCAUCCCCCCUCCCCCCCACGUAGAUUGCUAAUUAGUAGCUCAUACCUUUAAUUAAUGUUCACUAGUUUAAUGAAGGAUAUUAUUUUUUUCUCAUUGAUAUUAAUUAAACAUGUCAAGCAAGAUGUAAUUCCUAAACAUUGUAAAUCUCUCUCUCUCUCUCUCUCUCUCUCUCUCUCUCUCUCUCUCUCUCUCUCUCUCUCUCUCUCUCUCUGUGUUAAUACUUUUUUAAUACACUUGAAUUGUC